AACGAAUCGGAGCUCUGUUAUAUCAGCAAUUAUCAGCGACAGUAACUAUCUUCAGAUACUAAGAAUAGGAGAGAGAGAGACUUGGACCAUCCGGGAAGUAAGGAAUUGCUUUUUCUCGUAAACUUUUAUUCCCAAAGACAUUUUGGACAUCUUUGUGGGAGCCACAGUCACUUUCGUUGGGUCUAUCUGAGUGAAGUUUGCCCACAGAGCUGCUCAAGCUGCUCCUCUGAAAAACAGACUAUCACCCGACCGUCCUUAUCUGGAGUGGAUUUGUGGAUGUGUUAAUUAUCCGGCGACUGGAUAACGAAAAACCGCCGACGACUCGCCGAAGUGUCUUUACGUGACCCGCUUUGUCCCAGGACCCAUAUUCUCCUAAAUAGGACGAGAAUACGGUGUCAGAAUGUACCAAAGCCUUGCUUUGUCAUCCAACCAGUCCCCAUAUGCACACGAUGCAGGGAACUAUAUGCACCCUUCGGCGAGUUCCCCCGUGUACGUGCCCACUACGAGGGUGCCUGCUAUGCUGCAAACCCUGCCGUACUUGCAGACAUGCGAGUCCACCCAUCAGUCCCAUGGCCUCGGCGGGCAUCAUGGCUGGCCUCAGACUGGCACAGACAGUUCGUCCUUCAACCCGGGCAGCCCCCAUCCGCACCCCGGGUUCUCCUACUCUCACAGCCCGCCAGUAAGCAGCAAUACAGGCAGGGACACAACCUACCAAAACCCGCUUGUGCUCAGUAACGGUGGUCGGGCCGACCAGUAUGGCAGCGCUUUGGUACGGUCUGUUGGAGGAUCAUACUCGAGUCCCUACGCCUACAUGAGCCCUGAGAUGGCAACCUCUUGGACACCAGGCCACUUUGAGAGCGGCAUGAUCAGUCUUCAGGGACGGCAAGGUUGCCUGUCUGGGAGAAGGUCCAGUUUGGACAUGUUGGAGGAGUUCCCGGGAGAGGGUCGUGAGUGUGUAAACUGCGGCUCCAUCUCCACUCCUUUGUGGCGACGAGACGGUACCGGGCACUACCUGUGCAAUGCCUGUGGCCUGUACCACAAGAUGAACGGAAUCAACAGGCCACUCAUCAAACCACAGAAACGCCUGCAGACCACAUCUCGCCGGGCCGGCCUGUGCUGCACUAACUGCCUCACCAGCACGACUACGCUGUGGCGUCGCAACGCAGAGGGAGAGCCUGUCUGCAACGCCUGUGGACUGUACAUGAAACUACAUGGGGUCCCCAGACCACUGGCCAUGAAGAAGGAAAGCAUUCAGACCAGGAAACGGAAACCUAAGAUGCCCAAAUCCAAACCCUCAACAGGAGGGUUGUCAGCCUCAGGCACCAACUCACCGUCUUCCUUGUCUGUCUCGGAACAUGCAUCUACGAUAAAGAGUGAACCCAACAUGGCCCCCUCACCCUACGCUGGACAGACCGUAGCCUCUGUGUCUCAGGCUUCAUCACAUCUGGACAGUUCAAGACAUGUCGACAUCAAAUACGAGAACUACCCCUUUACGCCCACGUCCGUCGCCCCACAGAACUCCUGGUGUGCUCUGUCUCAGGCAUGAGCUUGACCGCAGCUCACCAUGUCCUGAUUCUGGAACCAGUGCAGCUCACCGUGUCCUGAUUCUGGAACCAGCACAGCUCACCGUGUCCUGAUUCUGGAACCAGCGCAGCUCACCGUGUCCUGAUUCUGGAACCAGCGCAGCUCACCGUGUCCUGAUUCUGGAACCAGCGCAGCUCACCGUGUCCUGAUUCUGGAACCAGUGCAGCUCACCGUGUCCUGAUUCUGGAACCAGCGCAGCUCACCGUGUCCUGAUUCUGGAACCAGCUCAGCUCACCGUGUCCUGAUUCUGGAACCAGCACAGCUCA